UGCAAGUCGUGAAAGAGAGAUGACUCCAGAGGACAUCACACGCGAACGCGACGACGAUUUUCCUAAGGCUUCUGAAGAAGGUAUUGAGUGGACUUCAGAUAGUGCCGUUUCUUCAGAAUCAAGCGAGUCGGGUUCAAGCUACGACUCAUCUUCCUCGAGCUCUAGUUCCUCAUCGUCGUCGCAACAGAAGCCAGGGCAGUCUCAACGUCGUGUGUCUGCAAAGCGAUCUUCUGCAGCAGGUGCACAGAAAUCCAAAGGAGCCGAACAGCAACGAAAUUUGUGCUCUAUUACUAAGAAGGAGCAUGAUCGUCUUCAUCUAGGUGGACAUGGUCCAGGGCUAGGGGGCGGUGGCAGUGGAAGUGCAGGAGCAGACGGAACAACAACAACUUAUGCUAACUCUAAGAAGAUCACGACCUCGUCCGAGAGGGAUGGGAGUGCACGUCGCGGACUUCUCCCAGCAAUUAGGUCCGAAGACCUGAAAGCGUCCUCGCGUGGGACGUUGAAGAAGAAGGUUCGGC